CUUAGGCAGGAGGGAUGGGUCACUCAAUCUCCAAGCUCGGGAGGCCCCCAGCAAAUCGGACGCUGUGGGCUAGGCCGCCACCGCGAGCCCACUCGCCCGAUACGCGCCUUGGGGUCCGGGUCGGCUUUCCCCGGGACCCCUGGCCGGAAACUGAGCCGUUCACUUCCGCCACCAGCCGGAAGUUUUCUGUCACUGGACGCCAAGGAGUUUUCGGUGGCUCAGCUGGGUAACCGGGGAUCACCAUGGCGGCCUCAUUGGUGGGGAAGAAGAUCGUGUUUGUAACGGGGAACGCCAAGAAGCUGGAGGAGGUCGUUCAGAUUCUAGGAGAUAAGUUUCCAUGCACUUUGGUGGCACAGAAAAUUGACCUGCCGGAGUACCAGGGGGAGCCGGAUGAGAUUUCCAUACAGAAAUGUCAGGAGGCAGUUCGCCAGGUACAGGGGCCCGUGCUGGUUGAGGACACCUGUCUGUGCUUCAAUGCCCUUGGAGGGCUCCCCGGCCCCUACAUAAAGUGGUUUCUGGAGAAGUUAAAGCCUGAAGGUCUCCACCAGCUCCUGGCCGGGUUCGAGGACAAGUCAGCCUAUGCGCUCUGCACGUUUGCACUCAGCACCGGGGACCCAAGCCAGCCCGUGCGCCUGUUCAGGGGCCGGACCUCGGAACGCUGUCAUAGCAGCCGGCAUCUGGCUUGUCCACAGAGUUCAGGGGCCAGAUCGUGGCACCCAGAGGCUGCCAGGACUUUGGCUGGGACCCCUGCUUUCAGCCUGAUGGAUAUGAGCAGACGUACGCAGAGAUGCCUAAGGCGGAGAAGAACGCUGUCUCCCAUCGCUUCCGGGCCCUGCUGGAGCUGCAGGAGUACUUUGGCAGUUUGGCAGCUUGACUUCUGCAGCUGGAGGAGGCCCCUCAGGCCGGGGAUCUGGGGAGGGCUAGCCCAAAACCUCCCGCAUCGGGCAGGCACCCCUUGAAGUACUUCCUUCAGGGUUUCCCCUUUGUGAGGGUGUCGAGUAGCCUCACCGGCCUGUCUGGAGGAGCAGCUGGCUCUGCUCUGAGAAACUCUGGCAAGUGGACGCCAUUCUCUUGCCCUUAGGAUUCACUGCUCUCUCCUACAGCCCCCAGGCCUGGGGUCCUGAAAGGACCUUGUCUGGUAAAGCUGCACUUGGUGGGAGUGAGGGCGUGGGGAGGAACCAUGCAAAUCGCCUUCCAUGGUUUUAAAUGCAAUAAAUAACAUUUCUGGAUGAGACUUGUUUCCAAAAUAAACCAGCUGUAUCUGUUUUGAA